AUGGCGGUAAAUAACAAUUCUACUGGGAAUCAGACUACACAGCCUACUACUAGUAGAAUAUCAGUUUUGGGGGCUGAUCCCCUUGUGUCUAUUCCCACUUUUAGUGGAGGUGAAGGUUCUACACAGCUUAGUGAUUUUAUUGACAGAGUUAAUUUAGUUGCAGCACAUGUUGGCUGGACUGAUUCUGAUAAGUUGACUGCCAUUAAAGUAAAAUUGGAGGGUGAGGCGGCUGCUUUUAUUCGCAGUAAUCCUCGUCUCAAGAAUGAGAGCAACUUGGUUGCUGUAGUGGAUGCCUUAAAGGACAGGUUUUCGACAUUGCACAAUUUGCAUGCUCAUAUUAGAGCAUUAAUUCAGGCUUUUCAGAAGCCUAGAGAGACAGUUAGGCAGUUUGCUGCUAGAAUAGAGGCACUUUCAUGUAAAACUGUGCCAUUGGAUAAAAUUGAAGAUCCAACUGUGAAGAGUCAGAGACUUGAUUUACUUUUGUCAGUUUUUCUGGAAGGUCUCCAUUUACAUUUGAGGCGAUUGUUGUUACCUCAGAACCACAAAACAUAUGCAGCAGCUAAAAGACAUGCUGAAGAAGAGUUUUUGGUUAAGACUCAUGCAGAUGAGUUUAACAAUGUGCACACUGUUGAAGUUAAUGCAGUUUCCACUCCUCGUGUCACAGUUAAGGCUGCACAGGUUAAUAGUUCAAAAGACGAACUAACUACAGCUAUCAAGGCACAGCAAGAGAACAUUGUUACUUUGACUAACAUGUUAGGAAAUUUGCAAACACAAGUACAGUCAUUGAUGUCUAAGUCUACAGUUAAUAGUAGACAAGUAGGUCCUCGUUGUUACAGAUGUAAUAGGUUAGGUCACAUAGCUAGAAAUUGUAUGGUGAAUUUAUCUCAGGUUCCUAACAACAAUGUCAGAGCGAGACAGUUUUCACGUAACAUUGCUAGCCAGCAAGGUAAUGCUAGAGUAACACCUAACACACAACAGGUUCCAGGUCAACACAUUUUAGUGCCUUUGCACCUUCACAAGUCUACGUCAAAUGCUGAUGUUUCUAAUAAUUGUACUUCAUCUCCUAUUAACCCUCCUAAUGAUAUCUUUUGCUACUCUGUGACAAAACAUAAACUUCCUCCUUUCUCUGAGAAUAUUCUCAAAGUCUCAUCUUCUCUUUUACCCUUUUCUCAGUCUUCUGUUCUUAUUGAACCUCUCACUCACCAUCAGCACUCUAAAUUUUGUGUAGCACGUUCAGUCAAUAGUAAACAUGAUAGUAAUGAAUUUUUCAUUAAGGUUGCAAAUUUUUCUCCUGACUUCAUACACAUCAACAAAGGUAUGAAAUUAGCCACUUUGGCUCCUGUUAAUGCCAGUACACCUGAUAUUCAGCCAGUAUUUUCAACGAGUCUUGAGACUGGUGAUCAGUUUGAACCCUGGGGAGGUCAGUUUGACUUAAGUCAUUUACCUGAACAACAGAAACAUGAACUUAUGAGUCUCAUAGACAAGUAUAAGCAUAUUUUUGCUUCUUCAGUUACUGAACUUACUGGUUGUGAUACUAUUUUGCAUAAUAUCAAUUUAAAGGACAAUAUUCCUGUCAGACAGAAACCUUACAGAGUUCCUUAUCAUUUAAGACAAGAGUUAGAUAAACAAAUUGCUGAGUUGUUAGAGGCUAAAAUUAUAGAGGAAAGUGAUAGUGCUUAUUCUGCACCUGUUAUUUUGGUUAGGAAGCAAGAUGGUAGUUAUCGUUUGGUUACAGAUUUUAGAAAAUUGAAUGAAAAGACUGUUGAAGAUUCGUUUCCUCUGCCAAACAUGUUUAAACUUAUUGAGGGUUUAGCGAAUGCUACUUAUUUUUCUACGUUGGAUUUAACCUCAGGGUUCUUCCAAAUGAAAAUACACCCUGAAGACACCUAUAAAAGUGUUUUCACUACACCUUCUGGUCAUUAUCAUUGGACACGUGUUGCUUUCGGUUUGAGAAACGCUCCUAGUUUCUUUCAAAGACUUAUGUCAAUUGUGUUGGCAAAUCUUUCGCCUUUACAAAUAGGUAUUUAUAUUGAUGACAUAGUUAUAGCUUCUAAUACAUUUGAAGAACACUUAAACAAAUUUAAUAUUGUAUUUGAUAGACUUGCCCUCUUGCGCUAA